AUGGGGGAUAUUGGGGUUUUGAAUCAAGGAUGGAAAUGGCUAUUAAAGGAAAGCCUUUGGUGUUCUAUUGCAGCUAAGAAGACUGUUUGUGGUUUCAGGGAUACAAUUGGGGUAUUUACUAGACAGCAUUGGCCUAAUGUUUGUUAUGGGUUUGGAAAAUUGGGUAAAGUGUUAUGUUUCUUGAUGAUUCGAUGGAAAGAUUGUUUUAUUCGUGGAUGUGGAUCGCUUUUCGGUUUGGGAACAGCCGCGUUGCUUGUUAUCAUAUGGAGUUGUUUUCUUAGUUUGACAUCAAUGUCAUGCUUGUUAUAUCUUCUUCUUGGUAUGGGAACUGCUGGAUGUGCUGUCUGCUAUUUGGGUUUCACUCCAGGUCUAUUGGUAGUGGGGCUCUUUUCCCUUUUGGUCCUACGGAUGUAUGUUAACUUUUUGAUCGUUGGUCCAUUAUUCAUUGUUGGAGGUUUCUUGUUUUCACUAAACCAUAUAAGGUUGGUGGUCUUAGUGGCAACGGUAUAUGCUCUCUACCACGUAAAACAACAAAUCGGGUGGUCUGGAGUUUUGAUAUCGAUUAAUCUUGCUUUUCUAUCCUGUGAUGCACUAAUCUGCAUGCUCCAAUCGUGUGAUAAUCCAAGCGAAAAGAUACAGUUUGAAGAGCAAAAAGUACCUGAAUCAUUUGUUGAAGAUGACUUCUCAAAAGAGAACAAGUCUUCUGUCCCAUUUGAGGAAUCCGAGCAGGUGGAGUCAUGUAAAUCUUCAAGCAAACCAGCAACUUCUGGGAACAAACAGAAGAAAGCUUCAACCAUCUCGAUCCCUGUGGUCAAAAACGACAAAAAUGCGAUCAACGAGAUGAAAAGAAUCCUUGAAUGUUUGGAUCACUAUGAAGCAUUAGGUUUUUCUCGAUACAGGACCAUUGAUGCGACCUCCUUGAAGAAGGAAUAUAAGAAAAAGGCGAUGCUUGUGCACCCCGAUAAAAACAUGGGAAGUCCAUUGGCGAGUGAAUCCUUUAAGAAAGUUCAAUGUGCAUAUGAGGUUCUUUCUGAUUCUAUGAAAAAAAGGGACUAUGAUGAGCUCUUGAGAAAUGAAGAAUUAAAAAGUUUGUCUCACAAGUCUGCUAGUACAUCUUGUCAGGCGAGUGCCGAUUACUAUUCAGAGGAAUCAAGACGUAUACAGUGCACGAAAUGUGGACUUUCUCAUAUAUGGAUAUGUACAAAUAGGGCAAAGUCGAAGGCAAGAUGGUGUCAGGAUUGUUGUCAAUAUCAUCAAGCCGGGGAUGGGGAUGGAUGGGUAGAGUACAAAGGUUCACUCACCUCUGAUCAUCCUCAAAAGGUGGAAAUUCCACGGGCCUUCGUAUGUGCUCAGAGCAAGAUCUUUGAUGUGUCGGAAUGGGCCAUUUGUCAGGGAAUGGCGUGUAGGCCAAAUACCCAUCGGCCGAGUUUUCAUGUUAACAUGGUAGGAUUAGAGAAAACUCAAAGAUGCAGCUCAAGCAGAUAUCCAUGGGAUUCAGAUGCAGAAAUGACAGAUGAAGAGGAAGAGUUUGACCUCUGGCUUCAGCAAGCGGUAGCCUCGGGUUUCUUCUGUGAAACCUCCAAACGUAGGAAGAGUUGGAGCCGAUUCAAGUUGUCUCAUAAGAAGGUAAAGAAACAAUGGACCCGUAUGUCCCGAUGGUCACAUUAGGAACCAUGGUUGGUCUUUCAUCGAACUACCCGAGUACCCGUUACUGGAUGAUGCAUUCAGUCGCUCUACGAACCAAAAAACUGGGACAAAAUUGAAGAUAUCGACCCAAGAUUCUUGGUUUUGAAAUCAUUUUGGAUGUGGGAUCAUCUGGGAAUGCAAAUGUAUGAAUGCUCACAAGAAGAACAAGAAUCAGAAAAAUCAUUGAAGUGAAUUGUUGUUGCCUUUUAGAUAAGCAUUUUGGAAACCUAAA